GAAGCAUACGCAGCCGGUUUGUUUUUGUGUCGAUUCUUGCAACAAAAACUGAUAAAUCCAUUUAUUUACCCGGUAAAUGUGAGCUAAGACACCUGUAAUCAUGGCUCACUUAACCGGCACCCGCGUCAGCACGUUUAAUGAGAGUUUUCUCAACGAAAAUGAGCACGAUUCCAAUGCGGUGCUUAUGGAAUUGGACAAGGGAUUGCGGAGCGCCAAGCAAGGAAUCCAAUGCGAGGCUAUUGUCCGUUUCCCUCGGCUCUUCGAAAAGUAUCCCUUUCCGAUCCUCAUAAACUCGUCCUUUAUAAAACUGGCCGAGUUCUUCGUCAGCGGAUCGAAUCUCCUGCGAUUUUGGGUGCUUCGCGUUUGCCAGCAGAGCGAAAAUCAUCUGGACAAGAUUCUCAAUAUCGACAACUUUGUGCGUCGCAUCUUUAUGGUGAUGCACUCCAACGAUCCGGUGGCUCGAGCCCUGCUCUUACGCACUUUGGGCGCCGUCUCCCGGGUGAUCCCCGAAAAGCAACAGGUGCACCAUGCCAUUCGGCGUGCUUUGGAUAGCCAUGACACCGUGGAGGUGGAGGCGGCCAUCUACGCCAGCAGCUGUUUUGCCGCCCAGUCCAGUUCGUUUGCCAUCAGCAUGUGUGCCAAGAUCUCGGACAUGAUUGAAUCGCUGCAGGUGCCUGUGCCGAUGAAGCUGCUCCUCAUUCCCGUCCUGCGGCACAUGCAUCACGAGGCCACCACAGCGGCGCUGGUCAGCAGGCUGUGCAUGGAUCUGCUACCCAAGUAUCCGGCACAGAGUUUCGUGGUGGCCAUCAUAGACACCCUAACACAGUUAUCUUCCCGCACAUUGGUGGGAGUACCUGGUCAACUGGAUGUUCUGCUGGAUUUCAUGCAGGACUUAAGGACACCGGUGCGCAUUCAAGUCCUGCGCUCUUUUAACGAACUUGCCGGUCGGCAGAGUGUCCAUGCCUGGCCCAAACCGGCUAUUGGAGCGCUCAUUGGCCGAUUUGAGUCUUGUACGAACUCCCAGGAGCAGUUCCUCUUCCUCUCCAUUCUGCUGAAGCUAAGCGAGUGCCCACUCACCUGCCAGCAGCUGCUUCGUGAGCAUCGCGAGGCCUUGCUUCGCCUGUGCAUCCAGUGCAUCAGCAAAUUGGAUGACUACACCACUGCCACUCAAGCUAUGGCUGUGCUCUCUGUCCUCGUGGCGUUCGGUCUGAAGAAGAAAACCAGCGGCGAGCAGGUGGGGGAUAUUCUGCACAUGGUUAACCUUCACAUGGAAGGACUGCUUCUCUGCACCGCCAAAAGAGCAGAGUGCACCCGGGAUUUGCGUAGGGUGUUAACCUACGGCAUAAGGAUUACCCAAGCUAACGCCGAAUUUGGAACCUCCUUUAUCGAAAUCGUAACCAAUACCCUGGGCGAUAAGAUGGCCUACCCUCCGGCAAAUGCGGAGCUCAUGUGCGAGGCGCUAGUCGGUCUCUGUGAGCACUUUCAGCUGCGCAAGUAUGCCUUUUCCACGGCAGAAGAUUUGAUAGGAGAUGACAAUGCCAUGGACACCGAUGAACCGCCCCCUGUGAAGGUAAAUCCCAUGCUGGCUCGUUUGCCUCUCAUCUUGCACAAACUAAACACCAUCAUCGACCAGGAGAACUGCGAUCAGCAAUUGAGAACAGUGGAAAUCCUCAGUGCUUUGGUACUUCAGACCACAAUGGGCUGUUAUCUGCCCCAAAAGGUGGUGCAGUGCUUUGAGAAGUGCCUUGGCAGGCUCAACUGCUGGACAUUGUACAGAAUAGCACGCACGGCGAGUCGCUAUGGUCACCACUAUGUGGCUGCUCACAUUUACACGCAAGUUUCGCAGAUUGUGAUCAGCGAUCAUAUGCAUUAUUUUCUGGUCGCCUUGUCGCAGAUCUCGCAGGCAGAAUGCAUCCUCAACUAUGGCUUGGAGUACGCCUACAUGCGGGAUAAUUAUGCACCAAAGGCAGCGCCGGAACCUUUGUUGCCGCUCAUGAAACGUUUGGAGAUGGCCAGUAAUCUUUACCAGCAGGCACUGGCCAGCUUAAGAGCUUGUUCAUCGCCCCAGCACCCAUGCACAUUUCAGUUGGAGUAUCUUAAGAUUAGGGCACAGUUUCUGCAGACUCUCCACCUCGCAGUGACCGUAAAGAAUGCCCAGGUUAUUGUGCCUCCUCCUGCGAUUGCUGGAAGUCUGGCUCAGAACUCUCGGGAUUACUUACAGAAGUUUGGUCAUGUUACGAAUCAGUUGCGCAAACUGGUCAAGGCUUUAAAAGCCUGCGAGGAAACUUACGCCAGACUCUACAAGUCGUCCUUUGAUGCGGAUCAUGUGACGUUGGAGUUCCUCGAAGUGGCUGAAUUUCAAUGUGCAUUGUUUGCUCACAUCAUUGAAUCCAUUUGCUAUGCCACGCCACCGGAACCUCCCGUUUUCCUGACCACUGGAGAUCAUCCGGAAACGCGCUACUUUGCGGCUAGUUGUCAGCGCAUGGAACAGAUGCAGAAGAACCUUCCCCAGGAGCCAUCUAAUGCCAAGACCAUUAGCAAUCGGCAUUUGGAUGUCAUUAUUGCACAGAUAGAGAUCAUAACGAAGACGCCGCUUUGCCUGCCGCGCUACUUCUUCCAGAUCCUGCAGUCCACGCAGAUCAAGCUGUCGGUCAGUCCGCAGCCAAGGAGCGCCACCGAACCCGUGAAUGUCCAGUCGGGCAGCAACCUGGUGAUCAAGGUGGAGGGUGUACUGCAGCAUUUUAGCAAGCAGCAGAAGCAUUUCCGCCGCGUGGAGUCCGUGCAGUUGAGCCUCACCUCGCAGUUGAUUACGCCGCCACCCCGAUCCUCGCAAGAGUUGCCAAAACAGGGAACCAAUGACACGGUGACCCUAAACCAGAUUGUGAAACCGCAGCGCGAUUUCCUUUCCGGCAGCUUCUUGCUGCCCAUCUCCAGUGGCGGGCACUUCCAGGUGACGCUGGAAACAUUUGUGGUGGAUGAGAACGGGAUCACCUGGUGCACGGGACCCAAGUCGUCAAUGGUGGUGAGGGUGCUGGAGGAUCCCACCAAACAGGGAGCACCAGCGCCCAGCACUUCCCAAGCGGUGGGGCAAACCAGGAGGUUUUAAACCAUUAAUACAUAGUUUUUAGAAUGAAAUAUAUGUUUAAUUAAAGAAGACAAUUUUAAGAUGA